CCCAAAAGUGCUAUCUCUUCUGACUGGAAGACUGCAAAUGCUAUAGUGCCAAAUGGUGAAAAAAUCGUAGUAUUCGCAGAUAAUGUUUGGGAAGUUAAUCCAGAUGGCAAAUAUAAACAACUUAAAACCUCGGAUUACAGCGUUUUCAAAUGGACUGAGGUUGGUACCGGAUGGGAAAAAGCAGAGGCAAUUUUUGCAUAUAAUGAUCGCAUUUACGUAGUCCUUGACGCUAUCUGGGAAAUUCGUCUUGAUAGUACUUAUAAAAAAGUCCAAAAUGAAGACUGGAGUACUAACAAUUGGAACUACAAACUUCUCAGCAGCGGUUGGAAAAAUUCGUUCCUAUUACUUGCAUUAGAUAAUAAAUUAUUUGUCUACGAUAUAAUUCUUACAAUACUUGAUACAAAUACUGGUGGGAAGACACCUGUAUAUGACGACAAUUGGAAUAAGAUAUUGGCCGGUGGUGCUACUUCUAGUGCAAUGCAUACAGUUUAUGAUAGUGGAAAUCUUUGGAAAGUUUCGAAACCUUAA